AUGGGUGACAUAGAAGAGGUGCAGGAACAAAUGAAGGCCGAUAUGGAGGCCUUGAAAGAUCAAAUGACCUCCAUAAUAGAGGCCAUGUUAAGCAUGAAGCGAAUAAUAGAAAGCAACAUGGCCGCAACAGCCACUGAGGCGGAUCCGACCCAUCCCUCUGCCAUAAACCAAGCAAACCAACCCAUCCCGGACGUGUUGGGUCAAGGAGGAGAGGUGUUGGGCAGCACCAGUGGUCCACACGUAGGGCAUAAUAACAAUGCUUACCCCUAUGGCUUACCCCCCAAUUAUACGCCACCUACCAUGCACAUGCCCAACGAGAAUGCUAAUCACGUCCUUCUCGUUACCUUUGAGGGUCAACAACCCCAGCCUAUAGGGGGCGUCCGUGAAGAACCUCAGGAGCAUGCUCAAGGUGACUUCGACCCAUACCCCACUUUCACCACUGAGGGACCAACAUUUAAUGUUAUGCCUCGACCCAAUACCGCGGGAGCUCCUCAACCCCGCCCUCUGCAAUCGCUGCAUUUCUCAGUAGAGGGGUCGCCUCCGACAAUGGAAGGGAGAAAGAGACUUGAUCUCAUCAAGGAGAGAUUAAGGGCCGUUGAAAGGUUUGGUGAUUACCCUUUUGUUGACAUGGCAAAAUUGUGUUUGGUACUUGAUGUUGUCAUCCCCCCAAAGUUCAAGGUAUCUGAUUUUGAUAGAUACAAGGGGACCACUUACCCCAUGAAUCACCUGAAGAUGUACUGCCGAAAAAUGCGGGCAUACUCUAGGGAUGAGAAAUUGUUGAUGCAUUUCUUCCAAGAAAGUUUGGUCGGGGUGACAGUCAUCUGGUAUACCAAUUUGAAGGCUUUUUGUAUCCGCACAUGGAAGGACUUGAUUAUUGCCUUCAUUAGGUAG